CAACUAGAAAACAAUGGUGAAAGCUCACGAACUCCGUAAUUUGAACAAGGAUGAACUCCUGAAGACCCUAACGGACUUGCGUAAGGAGCUUUCCGAAUUGCACGUUGCCAAGGUAACGGAUGGAGCCGCUUCUAAGGUUGCCAAGAUCAAGGGCGUCCGCAAGUCGAUUGCACGUGUUUUGACUGUACACAAUCAGCAACAAAAAGAGGGACUCCGCAAGGCGGCCGCUGGCGCCAAGUACAAGUCCAAGGACCUGCGAGUCAAGACGACCCGUGCAAAGCGUCGCGCUCUUUCCAAGUCGGAACUGAAGCAAAAGACUCACAAGCAGUGCAGACGGGAAGCUGCCUUUCCCAAAGUCAAGUUCGCCAUCAAGGCAUAA